UAUCGUUUCAACUUCGGUUGAAAAGUAAAGCUUUAACCAAGAUAAGUGAUCUUUACGGGGAAAAUCAAAACCAUGUCUAGUAAUUAAUUAUUGUAUGUAGAAUUUAAGUUUUAUGUGAAAAAUGUGAUUGAAAAUACUGGACUGAUCACAUGCAGCCCUGAAAAAAACUCUUUCACUUUCGAAUUCUUUGUGCCGUACAAGGAAAUCAUCAGGGUUACCGAUCCCUCUGCUUCGUCUAUCGCUGUCGUCGGGAUAAAAGGGUUUUUAGUCAACUAACUGAUAGAAUUAAAUAACAAAAGUAAUUUAAAACGCAAUGGCUCUUUUCGAUGUAAGUGGCUAUAAGCCUUAUUCUGAACUCCGCAGACAGAUUUUUCCAGCAGGAGCGACGCAUCUUGCGAACCGACCCAACCACUACUCAUUUGGUACAAAAACACAGGAAUUUGCUGUCCCAUUGGGUGUAGACCCUGCAGGGUUUCUGAAGUCGUGCAACCAUGACGGAGGUGUGUGUAUUGACCUGAACCACGGCACGACCACCCUGGCCUUCAAGUUCAGGCAUGGAGUCAUCGUGGCUGUGGACUCCAGAGCUUCGGCAGGGAGUUACAUAGAUUCAAAGGAUGCCAACAAGGUCAUUGAGAUCAACUCGUACCUUCUCGGGACCAUGUCAGGCAGUGCUGCAGACUGUCAGUACUGGGAGAGACUUCUGGCCAAAGAAUGCAGGCUGUACAGACUGAGAAACAACCACCGGAUUUCUGUGGCUGCUGCUUCAAAGCUGCUAUGUAACAUGAUGCUGGGUUACAGAGGGAUGGGCCUCUCCAUGGGAAGCAUGAUCUGUGGAUGGGACAAACAGGGCCCUGGUCUGUACUACGUGGAUAAUAAUGCGACCCGUCUGUCCGGCCGUAUGUUCUCUACUGGCUGUGGGAACAGCUAUGCUUACGGCGUGGUGGACAGUGGUUACAAGGAAGACAUGACGGUAGAGGAGGCGUAUGAACUCGGCCGUCGAGGCAUUGCUCACGCUACACACAGGGACGCCUACUCUGGAGGUGUAGUCAACAUGUACCACAUGCGAGAAGACGGCUGGAUAAAGGUGUGUCAGGAAGACGUGUCAGAGCUGAUCCACCGCUACAGAAAGGGAAUGUUCUGAGUUUGACUAAUAAAACCAGAUCAAUGUACUGAAUGUGCUGAACAUCAGUGGUCUUACAAAAUAUACCAUUAGCUCAGUUUGUUUGGUGCAUUAAAGUUAACAUUAAUUGAUAAAGUAUGCAUCUAAUUAUGGACAUAUAAUUACUUUUUUUCUACAAUGAUCAAAAUUAACCAGAAAAUAAGAUGGAGUCAUCAUCCAUUGGAGCAUUGGUUAAUACUAGAUUAAGUGUGUGACACACCAAACUGGCAUCAGUAAGUGUCUGUGGGCAGAAUUUUGAUAGUGUGUCUCACACUGUUAGCACUAUUUGGAUACAUCAUACUGGCUUUUCACAGACUAUUGAAAGAGUUGUAAGAGACGUUGUAAGUCACAAAACUAUAUAUACAUACAUAUUCAUAUUAUCCAGAAUUUCAAAUCCAGAAAUAUCUCCACAACAACAUGGUCGUCUAGAAUAAACAAACUGAUCAGUUAAUUCAGGAGAGGCCAGCUUUAUAUAAUGGUUUGUUGCUCAUGCUAUCUUACUUGCCUCUCAACUAAACGUAGCUCUUCUUGUUUCAUGGUCUGUCAAUGUAUAUGCCAGAUGUCAUUUUGGUGUUCCCACACAUUUUGUAAGAGCAUGAAAUGCUACACAUAACCAUUUCUACGAACCCAAACUUUCUUCAAGUAAAUCGGGUUAAAUGUAAUUUUGAAAAAGACAUUUGUUUCUUGACAGUGCUCCCGUUACUCAUAUUUGAACAGUUUUCAUUUUUCCUUUUUUUCUUUUUUCUUUUUCUUUUUUUUUUUUUGCUGGAUCACAGUUCAAAUAAAAUUGCCAGAAAAUUGUGGAUUGUCCUAAUAAGAUAAGCCAUUAAAGUAAUUCCAUCACUCUAAAUAAAGACUUUUGUCCAAUUCA